AUGGACACCGACCUUCCAGUCUCCCUGUCUCCGGCCUUUCUCAAAGUAACCAGGGUACGUGGUCAAGCCUGCCCCAGAGUGUGCGCCCCCAACUUGCCCCGCAGCGUGACCCCCAGUUCCUCCGGGCGCUGGGCCAGCCGCGCCGCCCGCCCCGCCCUUCGCGCGGUUCCAGGAGCUGGAACGGCUCCCGCCCCGCCCCCGCCCCGCGCUCUGCGCCCCGCCGCCGGCCCACCGCGCUCCGCCCCGCUCGCCCCGCCGCUGCGUCGAGCGGUCCAGUCGCUGGGCAGCUCCCGUGGUUCCCGGGCCUCCUGCCGCAGCCCGUCCUGUCUCCAUGGCGACGCGGCGUCCCAGGCUCGCUGCGCGGAACCCACUGCAAGUGCGGAGCGGGGCUGGCCUUCCUGCUGGUCUGCCCUUCGCGGAAACUCCUUGGCAGGGCGGCCAGAAGGUAAGCAGCACCGUGGUGACUGUUGGGCCUCUGGAACCCCACGGGUGUCGAAGCACCGCCCGAGAAGGACAAGAAGUCCCAGUAUUCCCCUGGAGGCCACGCUGAAGGAAGCCAGUUGCUUAAGUCUUGUCCCUGAGUUUUGUAUUCCUGAAAUUCCCAGCAACUAUCUGGAAAAGACUGAAGUUGUAAAGGCACCAAAAAGCAGACAGAAUGGCAGAUUGCUAUUGUAUGAUCCGAAGGAAAAACUGAUGAGUGGCACCAAUAAAGAAAAGUCACACAAACCCCCCUUUGGAUGCAGAGCAAGAUUGUCAAACAAGCUUUGUACUUCUCCAGCACAGACCCCGGGUGGAGCUAAUGCAUUCUCAGCAAAAAAAGAAGCCACUUCAAAGAAGAUCGAAGAUAAAGUCUCUUUUAAAAGUAGUGAAAACAGACCCUCUUCAAGAAGUAUUGAAAAUAAAGAUGUCUUAACAAACCGGCAGUCCAACCUGUGGUCAGCUUCCUUCCUAAAAGAAAGUGCAGAAUUUUCUUUCCAGUUCCUGAGAGCAGAAAUGGGACGAGACUACCAGCUGGCAAAAAAGUUAUGUCAGAUGAUCCUAAUCUAUGAACCAGAAAAUCCUGUGGCCAAGGAAUUUUUCUCACUUAUUGAAGAGAUAUUGCUGAAGGAGAAAGCUCAGGACGAGGAGGAGGAAGAGGACAGUGAUGAGGACUUGAGCAGCGAGAGCGAGGUGGACAGCAGUGAGGAUGGCAGCGAGGACAGCUCGGACGAGUGUGAGGACGGGUCCUAG